AUGUAUUUUUUAUUGUUUUUAUUUAUAAUUUUCUUAAAAGCAAAUGCUUCUCAAAUUCAAAUUCGAACUCUUACUGAACUAUGGGAAAAUCGUCGAGAAGCUCAACCGAGCCAUCUUUUUCCAACAAGAAAUUCCAAAAUCUACCCGGAAUUUGCUGAAAUUCCAAGAGGACAAUCUUAUUUCCACUUAACUUCUCAAAAUCUCGCUGAAAAAUUGACUGAAAUUCAAGGUGGACGAGAAUGGUUGGUUCACUCAGUUUGCUCAUAUCAGUGAGUUUCAAAUCAUUUUGAAAAAAAGAAUUUGAUUUCUUUUUCAGUCAUCUAAACUCCACAUUUUUUGUGUUGAAUAAGAUUCGAGGAUCAGGAUUUUCUGAAGUUUUAAUUGAUGCGAACAUGACUGAAAUUGAGAAUAAAGUGAAUGCAAUGACUGCGAAACGAGUGAAAAUUAAUUAUAUUUGUGUCGGAGCAAAUGAAAAUACAUACAGGUACGGUAACUAGUAAAAUCAGUAGAAUUUGGAAUCGGAAUUUUUGGAACUCCCGUGUUUUUGACUGACUGUGAGUCAAAUUUUUGUAUUUCUGAAAUUAUUUCUCUGAUAAUUAUAUUUUUAACGUGAACUUCCACGUGAUAUAAAAAUCUAUAUUUCUCAUUUCUUAUUCUGCUUCCAGCGCAGUUUGGCACCAUUCAGCUGAUUUUGUAAAUCACUACAUUGUGGAAUCUGGCCCAAUCACAGAAAUCGUCGCCAGAAAUGAUCUUCAAACAUUUCGCGGAUAUUAUUGUGAUUGUUUUCAAACCUAUCAAACACAAAAUCUCACAAAUAAAGCAAUAAUAAUUUGGAGAAAAGGAUUUGGAAGAAAAUCGAAGAUCUCGUAUGGAACAAAUCUCGAAAAAAUGUUGAAUGAGAGUCAGAUUUGGGAAGGAGAUCAUUUGAAAGUUGUGCAGUUUUCGAAUUUGCCGCCGAAAAGGUUAGUUAGUUUUCGAAAAUAUUUGAAUCGGACCAGACUUUGGCAACGGUUCAAACAAUAGGUAUAAUUCAAAAUGCUUUUCAAAAAAAAAAUCAUUACAAAAAAUAACCCAACUCUGUUUUUAUUCUAGACCUGGUCUUUCAAAUUACUCAAAAUGGCUUCUCUGGCAAGGUGAAGAUUUUAAAUGGUCAUCAACUUCAAAUAUUCCAAAAGUAAUUUCAACUAAUAAUUCUUGGCCAGGCUUAGACAGUGUUGUUGAAUCACACAUCAGAGAAUUCAACAUUCCAUCAAUUUCAAUUAGUAUUUUUCGAGAUAAUUUAGAAGAGUAUACGGUAGCUUAUGGUUAUGCAGAUAUUUUGAAAAAUAUUACUGUAAGUUUUUGCAUCUCAUUGUGAUCUUACAAAAUAAAUAAUACCUUUUUUCAAGACUAAACCGGAAUUUCGAUAUCGAAUUGCUUCUGUUUCAAAAAUGAUUACUGCAAUGGGAAUGGGAGAAUUAUUAACAGAAUAUUCUAUCAAUUUGAUGUCUCCGGUUUUUGGAGAAUUCGGAAUUCUUAGAGAACUUUGUCAUUCAGAAUGUCACCAUGUUUUGAAAAAUUUGAAGAUUAUUCAUCUCCUCGAGCAUUCUUCUGGAGCUUGGCCACACACAAAAAAAUACGAGUUCGAAAAAAUGGAACAAAAUCAAACGGAAUUUCUAAGAACUGUUUUAGCCGAACAAAUUCCAUUGCAAUAUCCAGGAAUAUCACAUAUUUAUUCGAAUAUCGGAUAUAUUUUAUUAGGAAGAAUUAUUGAAAAAGUAUCCGGAAUUGAAUAUGAAGAAUAUAUUCGAAGAAAAAUAUUUGAACCAUUAGGAAUAAAUGGGACAAUUGGCAAAGAAUUUGAUGAUCAAGAAGAAGUUGUUUAUUAUUCACAUGAUAAUGCAAAUGCAUAUACAUCAUGGAAUACAACUCGAUUAAAUUCAGCAGCAGGUUGGGCAAUGACAGCAAAAAAUGUAAGUUUAAUAGAAAAGAGGAUAAGAAGUUAAGACUUAUUCACGGAACUUCCGAACUGUAGAAUUAUGGAAAUAUGAAAAUGAGAUAUAAACUGUAUGAAUAUCAAAAUUCAGGUAGCUAAAUUGUUUAAUCACUUGGAACAAAAUAAACUUCGAAAAUAUCGUUGGAUAAUAACACCAUCUGCUGUUCGAUGGACUUAUGGAAGAGGAAUACAAUUAGGUUUUGAUGGAUCAAUUUAUCAUAUUGGAUCUCUUGCUGGAACUGAGGCUAUUGGUUUCAGUUAUCACAAUGUGCAAGUGGCUAUUUUGACAAAUUUACGUGGGAAAAAUCAAAAUGAACAAACGGGUUGGAUGGAAAAAUUGUGUAGAAGUAUUGCGAAAGGAGCUAAAUUAUAA